AUGUAUUAUGUAACGGCCCUCAAUACGGCCGACGAAUUUUCUAGGAUCUCCUUCGUUCACGUGCCGUGCACCGAAAACCAUGAGGCCAAUGAGAUGGCCCAGGUAGCGCCUGGUGUGAACAUUUCGGACAGCGACCACGACCGCGUGAUAAGAAUCGAGAAACGUACCCUGCCGGCUUUGGCCGAGCGAGGAAUGACGAUGCAAGCAUCAUCAGCCGAAAUUACCAACGAGGUCGAAACGGCCGAAGCCGACUGGCGCUACCCCAUAGUAAGAACGAGCUGUAUCGAAAAGGAUCAGACGACUUAUUGCUCCUAUGCCCCAGCGCCGAAGAUAUUAAGGUUAUCAUGA